CAAAAGGCAGCCCUAAAGUCGCCUCAGUACUGACUGGAAUGGCAAGCAGUGCCUUCCAUCUCUCAAGUACCCUAAUCGAUCGAUCUCAUCUUCGACUCGACGCUAUGGAGUUCGAGAUCUGGAACGUACACACCCAAGCAACCGUGUACGACGUGACGAAAGCGAUAGCAGAUCAGGUUCUGCACAAGUGCCCUGGUCUGUUUGUCACCGAUAGCGAACAACGCUUACCCAACUUCCAAGUGGUGCUGAAUGCAAACGAUUGCGGUGGGGUGAGAAACAAUGGCAACGGUACAUUUACUGUCACAAAGGCAACCGGCAAACGAUUCAACCAAUUAAACGUUCGGCGUGAAAUCUCUGUUAUCGUCAAGGAAAAGAAAUUGAAAUUUCGCCCCACUCGGGAACAUGUCAGUAUGGCCACAGAGAUGACACUAGAAAAGGCUCCUUUCAUCGAUCCGGAUAUCGAACGGCAGCGCGAGGAGAAACUUGUCGCACUUCAGGAUGGUUUUGUUGUUUGCAGGGUCCAAAUCGGCACUUUCUACUGUCCGGAUAACACAGGACAUCGCGCUUUCUCCAUAGAAUGGGAGAAGGACCUCAUGCGGAGAAGCAUGGCAUGGCUUAACUUUGAGUACGAUCAUAAGCUGAUGCGAAUCGAGAUAGGCGACUCCACGACGGAACCCACGCGCUAUAGCGUUGUGGUGAAUUUCGACAAUAUAUAUAAACUGGGGAUGGGUUGCGACUUUGCCGAAAACUAUAUUUGCUUUGAUUUGCUGAGACCUCCUGUGUUUCAGCAGGAGGAAAUGCAUCGCCCUCAAGACAUAGGUUGUGACAAAAAGUUCCGUCAGCGUGUAGGUGAAUUAUCCGCAGGUCAUGGCGCCGUUGCUCCUUAUGCCCAUCAUCUUCGUGUCGUUCUCUUUGACGACAGCGACGCUUACAAAGGCGAUAUACUCGAUAGGUUUGCCAAGUCCUGUGUUGUGGCAGGCCUCCGCCCACCAAAAAAGGCUAGGAUAGACGCCAGGAAAAGAGAGUUUUUCACUUCUCAAAAUCUCAACCGCGUGAGCAAGUGGUUAGGGGAACUUCGCACCAACUGGCGAGUUACUUUCCAGAUUGAGGCCUUGUUAAGGAACGGGUCUGCACACACACUUGAAGUGUUAGCACUCAGAUCCGCAAUCGAUAACCUUAUCCAUGACUACGGCGAUCGUGCAGGGGAAAUCAUGCGCUACUUCGCAGAGGCUGCAGCCAAUCGGCCUACGGUGCAACCGCUGCAGGAAUGUUUCCAAACAGUUCUGCAGAGGAAGCUCCGUCGCCGACGAUUCACUCCUCCACCUGGACACUUUUCCUGCCAUCAUGUUACAUUCACGCCGACUCGACUUCUAUUAGAAGGACCGGACGUCACCCAGUCCAACAGGGUCAUACGCGAUUUCGAAGGUUACGAGGAUUACUUCCUUCGAGUCUCCUUCCGUGACGAAGACCGUCUGCAUUACAGGUGGACUCGAGACGUGGACAGUGAAUCCUACUUGCAGGGACGGGUUGGAAAGGUGCUGAAGGAGGGAUUUGACCUUGCAGGAAGACAUUUCGAUUUUUUGGGGUAUUCCUCCUCUGCUCUCAGGAGUCACACGGUUUGGUUUGUAAGCCCCUUCCGUCACCCUGAGAAAGGAUGGGUAACAGCCAGGAGCAUACGUGCCAGCCUUGGAGAUUUUAGAGAAGUCAUUUAUUCUCCGUCCAAGUAUGGUGCGCGCAUGGCGCAAGCCUUCACUGCAACUGACCCUUCUGUCAGACUCCAUGAGUUCCAGUGGAGUGAAAUACCUGACAUCGAAGAAAGGGGUAUUGUGUUCACGGAUGGUAUCGGAACGAUAUCUCAAGGACUGGCCCGUUGGGUAUGGCAAACCUUGUGCGAAAAUUGGUCUGACCACGGUGAAAAUGCUGUCCAACCUACUGCUUACCAGAUUCGUUUCCUCGGCUACAAAGGAAUGGUGUCUGUCGAUCCCAACCUGGAAGGCAUACAUAUGUGUCUUCGCCCAUCGAUGAAAAAAUUUGAUGUCCCGGGGAAGGACUACGCAGACAUUGAGAUUGCGUCUGCGUUUACGAGACCAAAGAGACCCAACCUGAACAGACCACUGAUAACGGUACUCGAGGAUCGCGGAGCCCCAAGACAGGCAUUUUUGGACCUCCAAAACAACGCCGUGGCUGACGCGCGACGAGCUCAUGAAUCAGCGGCAAUGUUCAGCGGAUUAUUGGAAAAGCAUAGGCUUUGCAAGGAUUUCUGGCUCACAGACACUCUGAGGAGGCUGAACGCCUUAGGGCUUGAGUUAAAUCCAAACCGUAUGCAACGACCGCUGGAUACCCCUUUCCUUUCCCGGAUCCGUUCGUCAGCCAUUAACCAUGUUCUGCGCGGCAUCAAGUAUCGCGCGCGUAUUCCCAUUCCAGAAAGCUAUAUGCUUCCUGGCGUUGCAGAUGAAGGGCCAGCAUAUGUCAACCGGGGAUACAAGAACGUAUACUGCCUUCCCCAGGGAAAGAUUUUCGCGUGUAUACAAAAUCCCGGUGAUGAGGAACCCACGUGGAUCAAAGGGAUGUGCCUUAUAUCCAGGAGUCCAGUCAUACACCCUGGUGAUGUGCAGCGCGUGUACGCCAUCGGAAAACCGCCUGAGGACCAGAUGUGCGUGUUUGCUAAGCUCAAGAACGUUGUGGUUUUUGCUGCAAGAGGGACCCAGUCGUUACCGAACUCACUAGGAGGCGGAGAUCUGGAUGGAGACUUGUACGAAGUGAUGCAAUAUGGACCACUUCUGGUUCCUGAACAUCACAACCCGGCCGCAUACCCCUCCACAAAACCAUACAGGCUCGACCGACCAAGCACCAUACAUGAUGUAUGCGACUUCAUCGUCGAGUAUAUUAACUCCGAUGUCGUGGGCUUAGUAUCCGACAAGCAUAUUGUGAUAGCAGAUCAGUCAAAAGAUGGAUCUUUGGAUUCCGCUUGCCUCAAACUCGCGGAAUUACAUAGUCGGGCCGUCGACUACCCCAAGAACGGCAACAAAGUCGAACUUCAUCACUUGCCGAGGUCACUGGUUGCUUUCAAGCCCGACUGGCACGAAUCAGAACAGUCUGACCAAUCUAACAAUCGCAAAGUAGAUUACUACGAAUCUUCUAGGGCAUUGGGGUACCUGUAUCGCAACAUCAAGCUCGAGGAAUUGCCCAAUUGCGCGCACCCCGGCACAGAGUCCGCUCUGAGCAAAUCUAUAUCAAGUGCCUUCCAACGGCACGUGCAACGCAAACUGCGGGGCUAUGUGCCUCGGGAAGGCCAAUUCCUGGAUAUAGACACAGUUUAUGCCGGAUAUCGGGAAGAGCUCAGAUAUAUAUCCACGACGUACUCCCUUUCGAAGACUGCGCUGACCGAGGAAGAAUUGGUAAUUGGGGAGAUACUGGCGAAUUGCUCCAACGAACGAUACAGGAGGGAUCGGGUGUAUGCAAUGAAAGAAAGCUUGUCGUUUCUCCUUCGUAUUACGAGGCAGGACCUUGUCGGGGAGCUGAACGGAGCCUCGGAUGAAGAUUUACGUGGGAAGCUAGCACGUGCAUGGGACGCCUGGUCCUUUAGUCAAGAUAAUGAGGGUACCUCCAUCGAAUCUGGCAACUCGCUGUUUGGAUUACGCAGCUUCGGUUUAGUUGCGCUUGGCCUUCUCCUGGAAUGUUUGGCGAGACUCGGCAGCCUACCCCCUCUGUAGCAAUAUUUCUGUCACUAGUUAAUUGUAUGUACCAUUGAUGUAAAGUGCACCCCCGCCUGUACUUCCAGGAUAUGUCCCCUUUUUUUUAGCGUCAAUAACUAGCGGA